AUGAUGAAGACGAUGACAGAUAUAUCAAUUGUGUAUAUGAAUAUCUAUUAUCAUAACUCAAAGUAUCUUGAGCUCAAAACCGAUCGUUCUAAGUUUAAAAAAGUUCGAUACACAAACGCCGAUUAUUUAAAAUACAAAACUUUUGAAGGAGCUACAAUACUUUCUAAUGGGUGUUUCAGUUUUGAAUUUCUAUCUUCAACUCAGCAAAUAUUUGACAUGCACAAUAUACUCUCAUUUGGUACACAAUGUUUUUAUAAGAACACUUCCCUUCAAGAAAUUUAUUUAGACAAACGCCUUACGAUACUUCCAUUUAAAUGUUUUAGUGAAUGUAAGAACCUUAAAGAGAUCGACCUUUUCUACGUGACAAAUAUUGGUGAUAAAUGCUUUGAAGAGUGUUCAAAAUUGUCUUCCAUCACUCUUGCAAAAUCAUUAGAUUACAUCGGAUCAAAUGCAUUUUUCCAUUGUCACAACAUCAAAAAUGUCACGACAAAUGGGUUAAAAAAAUUGAACACUUUGAUCAACUUUUCGAGUUAUGAAGCUUUUAAAAGUCUGAAUCCCUCCAUUUCAUUGUCGUUUGAUGACAUUCACCGCUGGAAUAAUUCACGAAACGCUUUGUUUGAGUAUCCAAUUUCACAGAUAGAAAGCCAAGCGUUUUUUUAA